AUGGAGCGCCCACAGCCCCAGGAGCCGCCGCCCUGGCGCCGGCGCAAGGAGCUCCGGCAGCGCCAGGACCGCCGGGAGCCGCGGGCGGGGUCUGGGGUCUUCGCCGUAGGCGAGAAGGUCCGGUACUGGAGCGGGACGCACAAGAAGUGGGUGGAGGCUCACGUUCAGAGAGUCAACCGCGACGCCGACGGCGUGUUGCAGUCUUACGACCUCACGGCGAGAGCGCAGGCCAAUCCGGCCUCCAGCAAGCUGAGCACGGAAAUCCCGGUGCAGGAGGUGCCGUCCACAGCAGCGGGGGAAGACGCAGCAGAGGCUUCCUUGAGACCAGCCGCGGAUACUCCGAUUCCUGAGGCUGCUGGAGAUCGUUUUGUCAACGGCAAGGCCGCAGAUCAUUUUGAAAAUGGCGAGGAGGUACAAUAUUUUAGCGAGACGAAGGAGCGAUGGAUAGAUGCCGUGGUCGAAGGCCACCAUCUGAAGGACGGAGUCAUUGAGUCCUACGACUUGAACUGCAAAAAGAUGGUCCCAGCUGAGCGGCUACGCCGUGCCGGGGUCCAGUACAAGGUCGGCGAGCACGUAGAAUAUUGGAGCGCAUCCGGACAUCGGUGGAUGUCCGCAAAGGCAG